AUGGCAGCCACCCUGCUCAUGGCUGGGUCCCAGGCACCUGUGACAUUUGAAGAUAUGGCCAUGUACCUCACUCGGGAAGAAUGGAGACCUCUGGACCCUACACAAAGGGACCUUUACAGGGAUGUUAUGCAGGAGAAUUACGGAAACGUUGUCUCAUUAGAUUUUGAGAUUAGGAGUGAGAACGAGGUGAAUCCAAAGCAAGAGAUUAGCGAAGAUGUAGAAUUUGGGACUGCCUCUGAAAGACCUGUUGAGAAUACUGAGGAAAAUCCUGAAAAUGAAGAGGCCUUUGAAAGCGGGGAUAGACCAGAAAGACAGUGGGGAGAUUUAACAGCAGAAGAAUGGGUAAGCUAUCCUCUUCAACAAGUCACUGAUCUGCUUGUUCACAAGGAAGUCCACACAGGCAUCCGAUACCAUAUAUGCUCUCAUUGUGGAAAGGCCUUCAGUCAGAUCUCAGACCUUAAUCGACAUCAGAAAACCCACACUGGAGACAGACCCUAUAAGUGUUAUGAAUGUGGAAAGGGCUUCAGUCGAAGCUCACACCUUAUUCAGCAUCAAAGAACACACACUGGGGAAAGGCCCUAUGACUGUAAUGAGUGCGGGAAAAGUUUUGGAAGAAGCUCUCACCUCAUUCAGCACCAGACAAUCCACACUGGAGAAAAGCCUCACAAAUGUAACGAGUGUGGGAAAAGUUUCUGCCGGCUGUCUCACCUAAUCCAGCACCAAAGGACACACAGUGGAGAAAAGCCCUAUGAGUGUGAGGAGUGUGGGAAAAGCUUCAGCCGGAGCUCUCACCUAGCUCAGCACCAGAGGACCCACACAGGUGAGAAGCCUUAUGAGUGUAAUGAAUGUGGACGAGGCUUCAGUGAGAGAUCUGAUCUCAUCAAACACUAUCGAGUCCAUACGGGGGAGAGGCCCUACAAGUGUGAUGAGUGUGGGAAGAAUUUCAGUCAGAAUUCUGACCUAGUGCGCCAUCGCAGAGCCCACACAGGAGAAAAGCCGUACCACUGUAAUGAAUGUGGGGAGAAUUUCAGCCGCAUCUCGCAUUUGGUUCAGCACCAGAGAACCCACACCGGGGAAAAGCCAUACGAAUGUAAUGCUUGUGGGAAAAGCUUCAGCCGGAGCUCUCAUCUCAUCACACACCAGAAAAUUCACACUGGAGAGAAGCCCUAUGAGUGCAACGAGUGUUGGCGAAGCUUUGGUGAAAGGUCAGAUCUAAUUAAACACCAGAGAACCCACACAGGAGAGAAGCCCUAUGAAUGUGUACAGUGUGGAAAAGGUUUCACUCAGAGCUCCAACCUCAUCACACAUCAAAGAGUUCAUACGGGAGAGAAGCCUUAUGAAUGUACCGAAUGUGAGAAGAGUUUCAGCCGGAGCUCAGCUCUUAUUAAACAUAAGAGAGUUCACACUGACUAGGUCCUGUAAUUACAAGAAAUGAUUCAUUUGAAGGUACAAUUUUAUUUGAUAUCAAAGAGCUCUCUCAAGACUGAGCUUCUUUUACCAUACUGAAUUUCUUUGUGGGCCAUGGUUUAAAACAUCAAAGAAGAUAAGCCAUUUGCAGUUCUGACCCACAACUCUGGGAAUGUUAUCCCCUCCUCGAAAGUAGUGAUUUUUAUUCAGUUGAUAUUAAUGAAGUACUUCAUCAAAAUCAGCCCCACAAAUAACUGGGAAUCUGAAGACCAGGGGAUAAAUGCUGGUAAAUACUCAGGCCUGGAAAUGGAGUAAAUCUUUAAAACUUAUUUCUCUCAUCCUUGGCCCAAAGAACUAUGCUAGGGGAAAUGUUGGACUGUAAUAGGGUGGUCACAGCUGCUUCGGAAAAAGACAACCAGAGACUGCCUGAAUUGCCACACCUAUUCACUCUCCAUAGUAGUUGGGCACACACAUCUUCCCCUUCAAAAGGCUUUUUCCUUGAGCUGCUCAUGCAUUUAUAUCUUUCCAUCUUUCUGAGAGCAGGAUUCUGCACAAUGAAGGCAAUGAUCAAAACUUUUUUUCCUCAUUGUUUCUAAUUUAACUUUAUUAAAGCUUGCAUCUUUGCAAAAGCUAACUGAAGAUACAGCUUGAAGGGAAAAAUGAGACACAGGUUUGGGGACCAAGGACUUAUCAGUGGUAGUGACUUUAGCAAGAGAUGCCCACUGUUGUUACUGCCAUUAAUCAAAAUGUAUUCAUUUUCUUUGGGGAUCAUUGUAGGGAAAAUAUCUUCAAGGAAAGCUAGGACCAUACUGAUGGUGGAGUGUAAGAAGCAAGUGGGAUUGACCACUUCAGGGAAGGAAACACAGAAUUCCUCUGCAAGAAACACCACCGGUCCUUUCUGUGUUCUUCCCCCUCUACCCUUUAAGAUCAAUUCUCUGUAUACUGCUAAAUGUAGAAUUUGAUAAGGGCCACAUCCCAGUGUUUAUCUUGGCUUGCAUAAGGGCAUGCGUAAUGUACAGUAAAACGUGUAUUCCUGUAAUUUUUCAGUAGCAGAAACUGAAUUCACACAGAAUUAGCAUGUUCUUGGGUGAUGUUGAUCAUGUGACAGAACUACAGACAACUCCAAUGUGAGAAAUGUCCUUUUGUUUUCAUUUUUUUCUAAGGAAAAUAUUUAAACCCUAGUGCUGUAGUGUGCACUCUCCUGUAAGAUCUUUGUACAGAACUAAGCACUUGUUUAUGUGUAUCAGUCAAUUAUGGGAGAUAAUGACUGGACAGAGAGGGUGAUUGUCCUGUUCUCAGACUGAAUUGUCUUCUCUUUGGGCUAGUCACAAGGAAUUAAUAAACCUAGAUAGGAAUGUAUUUCCAUCCUCUCAGUCUACAGAUACAUGUGGUUAAAAUGAGAGUUGACCCAAUUUAAGCCUGUUAGUGUCAGUUCUCCUUAUCCCAGCCCACCAUAGGAAUUAAGAAAUACCCCAGAUGUUGAUGCUUACCCAGGCAUUUGGGGGUGGCAGUGUGAGGGGACUAGAGUAAGGAAUAUAUAUUUUUGAGCGUGCCCCCAAGUUCUUUCUACUGUGCUUUAUUGUGAGUGUUGUAACAUUUGAAAAAUACUUCUGCCAUAGCUCUUUGGGACUUGGUGUGUUAAAGGAGCCAGUGGUUUCUCGGGUAAUCUACUAAAAUGAGUCAUUAGGACCCACAGCUGUGUGGGACUGCAUCCUUUGCAGCGACACAGCCUUGAAAGUAACAAAAUGAAACACCACUCAGUCAAGGAGGUCUCUUUAUUAUGUUGCCACUCCUAUUGAAAUACAAACUUGGGCAGGGAGCAUGUUUGGUGUUCUAUACAAAAUCUAGCCGACUGUGGGUAUUCAUAUUUUAAUUGUUGAAUGACUUAACAUGUUCUUGAUGACUAAACUCGAAUAUGUCUUUUCCUGUAUCAGUGUUGCUAAUGGUUUUAAUGAAUAUCAGAGUUCUCCUGUUGUUUCUGUGGGCCACAAUGGGCAUCAGCUUUGGAGUGGCCACAGAAGACAGCAUCCUCACGACCCAAGUGUGUAUCACUCCUUUUUUCUUCCCUACCCUCCUGCCCCACCCCAACCUGUUCCUGCUGCUGCCUUUGGCUUCUUAGAGGUGAAUGGCUCAAGAAGAGGCUUCUAAGUGCCCCAGCCAUCUCUCCACAUGCAUACACUCCAGCUGGGAAGUUAAAAGGGCAAGGGCCAGACCAGCUGUUGCCUCUCUUUUUCCUAAUUGCUGCCCAUCUGCUGUGUUGAGCUUUGUGUAGAACCUAUGCAUCAGACUCUCCUUGCUAACGCUUUUUGCAUGUCUUCUGCUCCCAGGUCUCUGGCUGCUUCUGCACAUACCCUGGACACUUUGUGCCUGUUUUCUAUGGUUGUGGAGAGUGAGUGAACAAUAAGUGUGUAGAGCAGUUUUUUGUAUGGUAUUGGUCACAGUUAUGCUAGUGUCUAUCUACAUCUGUAGUCUAACAAUAUUCUGUAAUUAAAAGUAUAAUUUUU